AAACCCGAAUCGACGAUCCAUUUUUUCUUUUUAAAAUUAUUACCUUUCCAAGUCCGCGGCUUCUCCAGGCGCGGUGGCACAGAAGACAAAAUAUUAAUGUCUCUCACGCUUUUCCUCUGAAAAAACUAUCCAGGAAGAUUUCUAAUAGAAGAAGAUAUUCGAUUCCCAGAUUAUUUCGGCCUCAGUUGAUGAAUAUUAAUCUUCCUCCGGGUCAUUAAUUUUCUACUCUUAUCAUUUUUUCGGGUUACAGUGUACAUCUUUUGUGGCGGAGAAGCUGCCCAACUAUUGAAUUCGGUACUGUGUCAUUCUCUUUCUUGCUAUUUAUGGGGGGUUUUCGUUUUCUAUGAUGAAAUUGUUGAAAUACGUAGCGGAUUGUGGGUUUGUUUAGUGCAAAAUGAAGUCUGGAAAUUGUGAUGGCAUAGGGGAGUCUGAUGGGGGUCGGUUGCUGGAGGAAAUUGAGGCUAUAAGUAAAGCUCUGUACUUGCACAAGGGCCAUACGAACUCGGUUUUUUGCCCACCUGAUGGACGGUUAGAAUCCCACUUGACUGAAUCAAAAUCAAGAUUCAACCAGGGAACUUCGAGGGAAGAAGAAUCAUUGGUCAAUGAAAGAAGGUCGUCAUCUACAUGGAACUGGAAGAAAUCUUUGAAAGCUCUUACUCAUAUUCGGCAGCGCAAGUUCAACUGUGUGUUUUAUCUCAAGGUUCAUUCCAUAGAAGGUUUGUCUCCGAGUUUCAAUGGUUAUAGUUUAAGUGUGCAUUGGAAAAGGAAGGAUGAGAUUUUGGAGACUCAGCCGUCUAAGGUUUUGCAAGGCAUGGCUGAAUUUGACGAGACUUUGAUUCACAAAUGUUUGAUAUAUGGUGGGAAAAGUUUGGCUAACGGCUCGGCAAAAUAUGACCCGAAGCUUUUCUUGAUCUAUGUUUCCAUGUUUGGGGCACCUAGGCUCGAUUUUGGGGAGCAUUGGGUUGACCUCACAAGGAUUUUACCUCUUACCUUAGAGGAGCUAGAGGGGGAGAAGUGUUCUGGGAACUGGUCGACUAGCUUUCGACUUGGGGUCAAUGCGAGAGGUGCUACCCUAAACGUCAGUUUUAGUUUUUUGGUAACUAAGGAUGAUCCAAUGAAAUUGAGCGGUCCCGAAAACGUUGUCCAACUCCUGAAGUUAUUGCAAAAUAGGUCAAGUUUUUCUACCUAUGGUGCCCGCCUUACUUCAACUAAUUUAGAUGGGCUUCCAAGUCCAGAAGGAAAUGUUUCUCAUAGUAAAAAAUAUGGAUCUAUUACCUCAACUCAGUUAGUUGAUACAAGAAAUUUUGAUGAACUAAAUCCAAGGUUGGAGCUAUCUAAGUCGAUAAACCUUUUGUAUCGUAAGAUGGAUGAGACAGAGCAGCAUAAGCCAGAGCAUUCAGGUUCCGAGUUUGCCAAGCAACUUGAAUUAAAAUCUACUGAGGAACACAAGUCUGAUGAAGAAAUUGGUGGAGGUGGUUAUGACUGUGGUGAGUUUUCCAUUAUUGAAUGUGGGAUAGAAUUAGCUGGGACAGAAGAGCUUAGUAUGGAUAAAAGUACUGUUCGGACUAUUGAGAGCUCCAAAAUGGAAACUGUUUCUUUGGAUGAGAUCAUCGAAGAUGAGAAAGUUGCCAUCAAAAUUAAGCUGAGCAACAUAUUGAAGGAUGCAGUCUGCGAUAUUCAUGUUGAUGACUCUAUAUUGGAUGGCUUCAAAUAUGAAGAGAAUCACCUACAAGUGGAGGAAGUUACUCCUGAAGAGCUCAGUUCAGAUUUUGAUCUCAAGUCAACCUCACGGUCAGUGGAGACUAAUUCUUCGUUAGCUGUUGGUGAACUCCUCAAACAAGAUAUCGAUAUGGAUGCCAAGGAGAAUUGUGCUAGAAGAUCUCUUAGCUUAGAUGAUGACUCCUAUGAAUCUGUGGCUAGUGAUUUUCUAAAGCAGCUGGGGUUGGAGCACGGUUCCUCAAGGUUUUCAGAUCCUGAUAUAUCGUCUCCUAGAGAGCGCUUAUUGAGAGAAUUUGAGGAGGAAUCUCUUGUAUUUGGUAAUUCGUUAUUGGAUUUUACAGAUACUGAAGAGUUGCAGGAUUAUAGUAAUUCGUUAUUGGAUUUUAUGGAGUCUUGUUCUGGGAAUCAAGAUGAGGAUUUUGAUUUUUCUCCAAUUAUUUAUAUUCCUGAAGAAGCACAGGAAGGACAUCAGUCCUUGAGGAACAGAAGGAAUGUCAAAAUUCUCGAAGACUUAGAGACCGAAGUUUUAAUGCAAGAAUGGGGCUUAGACGAGAGAGAUUUCGAGCAUUCUCCACAUUAUAGUUCAAGUGGAUUUGGGAGUCCUAUUGAGUUGCCCCAAGAAGAAGAGCCACCUAAGUUACCUUCACUUGGAGAAGGCUUUGGUGCAUUUCUUAAGAUAAACAGUGGCGGAUUUUUGCGGUCCAUGAGUCGUUCGCUCUCUCCAAACACUAGCACUGGACAGAGCUUAGUCGUUCAAUGUUCUGAUCCAGUUGUUCUACCUGAUGAAAUGGGUCAUAAUAUCAUGGAGAUUUCGCAAAAUUUAGCGUUGGCUGGAACCGAAAACCUUUCGACACUGGCAAAAAAGUUAAUGCCUUUGGACGAUAUUACCGGAAAGACUCUCCAACAAAUGAUAUCAGAAUGUCCUCCCAGUGAAACAAUGCUAGAGAGGGAGCCUAUGCUUGAGAAUAACUUAUCGUGUAGUUCGGUUUCAUGUUGUGGAAGGAAAGACGAUGAAGGAUUGCCAUCUUUUCUGGAUUUUGAGACAAACCGAGACCUCAUGGUGCCAGAUGAUCUAGCUUUUCUAGCACUGGACAAGAGCGAAACACUCUUAAUAGAAGGUUUGAGAAUACAAUCCGGCAUGACAGAUGAUGAGAUGCCAUCACAAAUCAAUGCCCGCCCUUUUCACUGUGUGCCAGCCUGUGGACAGAGACGUUCCAGUUUGGACGGUUCUUGUAGUUUGGAAGUACUAAAGGAACUACAGUUUAUGGAGCGGCCUGAUACAGCGAGUGAUGUUGUUGGGUUGAUGGAUCUUUCUAUAACAUUGGAAGAUUGGUUAAGGCUUGAUGCUGGUCUCAUUAAUGGCGAUGAUCAAAAUGGUCAGCACAUUAUGAAGAUUCUUGUGGCCCAUGGUGCUAACUAUGCAGAUAUAGUUGGAAGACUAUCAAAAGAUAUCGACUCCGAGAUAUCCAUCAAGGAGCCGGGAUUGUUUGGGAACAAGCUCGUGGUGGCUCUCAUGGUGCAACUUAGAGAUCGAUUACGAAACUAUGAACCUGUUGGUGGCCCGAUGAUGUGCAUAAUGGAGGUUGAGAGGUUUUUUAUCGACACAAUGCAUGGCACGGCCUCUGAAGCAAACGAUGUCAACAAGGAGAAUGAGCCAUUGGAAGCACAAGAAGAGAGUCAUAAAACGACCCGGGAGAAAGCAGAUAAAGGGAACAUUGUUCACGCAUUUAAAAUCUCUGCUAUUCAUCUUCUGGGUGUAAAUUCUGAGCUUAAUAAAACUCAGUACUGGGGAACCACCGCACAGCAGCAAUCCGGAUCCCGUUGGUUGCUUUCAAGUGGAAUGGGUGGGAACUUCAAGCUUCCAUUAUCCAAGUCGAAAGCGAUCGUUAGAUUUUCGUCGCGUGGUGACAAAGUUCUGAUUGGCGAUAUCUUGUGGAGCAUUUCCUCUGAUAUACAUGGCGAGGGAAUGAUUUCCGCUUCGACAGCUUCGGGUUCACAUAAAAGAAACCCCAAUAUCGUGAUCCCGAACCAAAGUAUUGCUUCACAUAUAUGUUUCAGUUGAUCGAUCUCUUGGAUCGCUUGGCCUUAUACUAUGGAUUAUUUUUUUUUUCUUUUCUUUCACUUGUAAAGGAAUUGGUCAAAACAAAAGCUCUCAGUUAUCUUCACAUCACAAGAUCACUUCGUUAUAUAUUGGAUGAAUCAAGAGCCUUUUCUGUAAAUGUAUGAAUUUUGUGAUUAACAUAUUUCGUGGUACCAUGUUCUUUAAUGACAGAAAAAGGAAGAGCUUUUCAAUGGAAAGUUGAGAUGGGACAAACUAAUGCAAAUUCGACGAUUCCUA